CCAUAAACCCAAGACAGACAGAAAGCCGAGGGUUGGGAGUGCAGGUGUUCUAAAAGAGUCACAGAAAAGUGAUAUUUACCUUUCAUCAUGCCACACUAUGAGGCUAUGAUUAAGAAAAUGCUGCCCAAGACAUAUCAUCGUAAACAUGUGGCCCAUGAAAUAUGUGUUGCAUUACGUCACUUCAAAAACCUUGUGCCCAUGAUGGAUGGAUACGUUUACAAUGAUGGAACAACAAAAAUUUUGAUGUGUCUAACCGGAACCAUUCCGGUCAUGUUUGCAGAAAAGACCUUCAACAUCCCGAUAUGCGUGUGGAUUGAGGAAAGCUACCCCCAAACUGCUCCCAUCUGCUAUGUCAGACCCACACGUGAGAUGACGGUUCUCAGUGGAAAGUAUGUCUCCGGCAAUGGUGAUGUCACACUACCUUACCUGCAGGAGUGGAAGAAUAACGAAUAUGACCUAACGAGCCUGCUGCAGGUGAUGGUUGUCAUGUUUGGAGAGUUCCCUCCUGUGUGCAUCCAGCCUCAUCUAGAGCCCGAACAAGCCCCAUGUUGGCUACAGUUCCACAGACAACCAGAGGUGCUUCCAAAGGCAGAUGGAAGUUUGUAUCUUCAUUUAGCCAGAGAAGAGGAUCCACCUUUCCAGGAAGAAAAUGAAACCAACUGUUGA